AUGGCGUCUGUUUGCAGUAAAAGAACGACGAAUCUGCUUGAACGUGAAAUAAAGAGACUGGAAAGCGAAAUUGUUGAAAUACGACAUAAAAUUUUAGAACUGAAAAAACGCAAGAACUCAUCUGAAGCAAAAAUUGCUUUGAUGAGGGAUCAUUUGCAAGGAUCGAGCAAAAGGAGUAAAAAUGCAACAACGCAUGAUCAAGGUGACAGUGAGACAGAAUCGGAUUCAGAUUCGCUAAACACAAGUGAAUUAUUGGAAUUAAGCUUGCGUUCAUCGAGUCUCGACUCGUCAUCGGUGUCUGACGAUUUUGAAUCAUCUGAAGAUGAGGCUCGAGGUGAUGAAAUAAGAUACCACAAAUCAACGGAUGAAGUCAGACUUGCAAUGCCCGAAUGA